CACGGCCUCCACCGAACCCGGUUACCCCUCACCUCGCCUCAGCCGUAACCCGCGGCGCAGCCCACCUUGCACCACCUGCAUAAUUCCUAUUCAUUUCCUCCUCACAUCUCUCUCUCCCUCUUCUUUCUCUAUCUCUCCCCUCCCCUCACCUAAUCCUCCACCAAAUCCACAAUGACCAAGAACGACGCUCCUAAGCCCAAGUCGUACGAGGCCGACCGCGACUCGUCCUCCAGGCAGACCAUCUACACCGCCUCUAACGGCGCCCCCGUCGCCCACCCCUACGCCUCCCAGCGCGCAGGCAACGGCGGCCUCCUCCUCCAGGACUUCCACCUCAUCGACCUCCUCGCCCACUUUGACCGCGAGCGUAUCCCCGAGCGUGUCGUCCACGCCAAGGGCUCCGGCGCUCACGGUAUCUGGGAGUCGACUGCUGGUGCCGAGGACCUCUCGUGCGCCGACUUUCUGAAGAAGGGCAAGACCUGCCCCAUCACUAUCCGCUUCAGCACUGUCGGUGGUGAGAGCGGAUCCAGCGACAACGCGCGUGACCCCCGUGGCUUUGCGGUCAAGUUCAAGACUGAGGAGGGCAACUUUGACUUUGUUGGCAACAACACCCCGGUCUUUUUCCUCCGUGACCCCGCCAAGUUCCCCCACUUCAUCCACACCCAGAAGCGCCACCCGGCGACUCACCUCGGCGGCGGCGAUGACUCGACCAUGUUCUGGGACUACCUCUCGAACAACCCCGAGUCGAUCCACCAGGUCAUGAUCCUCAUGUCGGACCGCGGCAUCCCGGACGGCUUCCGCCACAUGCACGGCUACUACGGACACACGCUCAAGCUCGUCAACAAGGACGGGCAGUGGGUGUACGCGCAGCUGCACCUGAUCUCGAACCAGGGGAUCAAGACGCUCACGAACGAGGAGGCGGGCAAGCUGUCGCCCGACCACGGCCAGAAGGACCUGUACGAGGCGAUUGAGCGCGGCGAGCACCCGUCGUGGACGCUCAAGGUGCAGACGAUGACGCAGGAGCAGGCGGUGGACGCGUGGGAGAACAAGGGCAUCAACGUGCACGACCUGACGCACAUCUGGCCGCACGGCGACUACCCGCUGCGCGAGCUCGGCAAGAUCACGCUCACGACCAACGCGGCCAACUACUUCGCCGAGGUCGAGCAGGCCGCCUUUUCGCCCUCGCACAUGGUGCCGGGCAUCGAGCCGUCGGCCGACCCCGUCCUCCAGUCCCGCCUCUUCAGCUACCCCGACACGCACAGGCACCGCCUCGGCGCCAACUACCACCAGCUGCCCGUCAACCAGCCGGCCACCGGCUUCGUGCCCGCCAGCUUCCAGCGCGACGGCCCCAUGGCGUUCUACAACCAAGGCGGCCGCCCCGGAUACCUCUCGACGCAGGACCCCGUCAAGUUCCUCCCGCCCAAGGUCAACGUCAACAAGGUGCACGCCAACUUUGUCGGCCAGGCCGUGCAGUACCUCUCCGAGAUCCGGCCCGAGGACUUCAACGCCCCCCGCAACCUCUGGACCAAGGUGUUCUCCGAGGGCGAGCGCACGCGCCUCAUCGAGACCGUGUCCGGCCACAUGAGCACCUGCAAGGACAAGGAGAUCAUCCGCCGCCAGAUCGCCAUCUUCCGCGAGGUCCAUCCCGACAUUGCUACGCGCCUCGAGAAGGCCACCGGCGUCCAGGGCCACAAGACCAUCCGCGGCGUCCAGUUCAACGGGUCUACCAACGCCAUGGACAAGGGCCGCACCAUCCCCGCUAACAACGUUCCCGGCAUCAACGAGGGCGUCCCCAACAACGGCGCCGUCCAGCGUUCCGCCAAGCUCUAAGCUUAGCAAGCAUUGUAGUCAGCCCGUGUAUUUGGGAGGGAUGGGUAGUUUUGUGUUCAGUAGAUGUUGCAUAUGCAAGGAGAAGUAUGGCUAGGGA